CCGACGAGGAACUGCUCGUCGACCGUGAUGUAGUAACGAGACGUGACGUGAGAUGCCUGUGGCAUCACCGUUACGAUGGAAAUCGAAAGUGUUCGCUAACCUUCUGGUAAUUUUAGACGGUAAUGAGGAAAAAAGAGGAAAGGAAAUAAUGACACCAAUGAUUCUAUGGUCCAAUAAACUAAAUACUAAUGUCAUUACCCUGUUUAGAGGUUUGAAAAAGUGACGCGACGCGAAGAGAAAGGUAACCAGGGAAACAUGUUAAUGAUUGAAGCAAGUAAAAUUGUGGUCUUAACAGCGCGUGACCUGAUUCAUCGCCUCGUUGCUGUGAAACAAUAAUAUAAAUGGCUCGACAAACGCCGCUUUUAUCCUUUGAAACUUAGCAGCACGAUGGCAUUUGGAGGUGCUAUGUAGCUCACGCAUAAUAAAGUGAGCGGACGAAGUCGAAUUCGUGUAGUGUGCGAGACGUAUUGCAACAUGUGGCGUAAUGGCGUCAGCUUCUUUGGAAGAGGGAUUUUAGGUCGGCGACGGCUUAUCUUCAUUGUCGGGGUCAUUAGUAUUCCUUUCACAGGCUGUUUGCUGCUAUUGUUUUCCUCUAAAAAUGGAGGUUUUCAACGGGGUGUUACUACUACACCGUGCAAUUGUCCAUGUGCGAGAAGUCAACAAUUAGAACCGAAAGCGAACGUUGAAAAACCUAUAGCGGACGAACAAAAUGCAUUGUCAACGUUUACACGGGAACAGAAUAGUGGAUAUGUCCCUUCGACUAUUGGCUCUCUGAAUCUUCAUAUUUGGUCUGGAGUAUGCGGCACGAAAGUCGAUAUUUUACGAAAGUGGCCUCAUUUUCCUUAUCACCCACACAGGCGCUUAUUUGUAUCUGCAUUUCAUUUUACUGAAAAUCCCGCUUCACAAUCCACCGGAUAUAGAUUCUUUGGAUUCGUCCAUCCGAGGGAAAGCGGCGUGUACAAGUUUGCCAUAUCAUCCGAUGACACUUCUGAAUUAUGGUUGAGUGCAAAUGAGGACCCUGCUUCAAGUAAGUUGAUUGCUCGUGUUUAUUCUCCCACAGAAUCUGCUUGGACUUCAGAUGGAGACUACAAAAAGUAUGCGGAGCAAAUAUCUAAGGAGGUCACCCUUCACACCGGUAAAAAAUAUUACAUUGAGUCUUUACUUAAACAGGAAGCUGGGGCAGUUCAUUUGGCUGUGUAUUGGUCUCGUAAUUCAAAGUUUGAAAUUAUAACCUCGGAUUACUUGACGAGCUUUGUUGAACAUAGCUUUGAUGAUAUUCCCCCACACGCGGGUAAACAAAAUAGCUUGAUACUCGAAAACAAAAGGAAGUUGUUUUACUUUCAUCGUCUUCCUCUCAUUGACCGCGCUCAAUUAAGUGGCGUUUUGCCGACCUGUUCUUAUAGCCCGAGCUUUCUGGUGCGUGAGAAACUAGUGAAGUACCAAAGUGUUUGGUUGCAACGUGAGUCAAACGUGUACCCGCAAGACGAUUCGGUAAUGACUAAGGCAGCCUUGACUAACGAAUGGACGCAUACUAAUAAAGUUGCAAAGAAGGAUCGAGUAAUAGCUGUCGUAGACGAGUUGAUGAAAUCUUUACCGUCCGGACAGGUACUUUCUUAUCCUCCUCAGAUUGUACAAGUAGUAAGAGGCAGAGUUGCAUGUUCUUGUUAUGUGAGUCGCCAUUGUGAGUUUUGCAUCGAACCAUGAGCCUAAGUUCCUCGCAGAUGACACGGGAGUAAUUGCUGAGUUGCCAAGACGGAGACUGGAAAUAGUUACUUUAGCGAGUUGCUGGGAUGUACCAAUGAUCAGAAACUCAGUCUUGUCGUCGUUCAGUUUCAGUUUAUCAUUCAACAUCCAAUUACGAAUAUCAUCAAUACAGCUUUCCAUUCUAGCCAAAGCAACCUCGUAGUUAACACUAGCAUUGGGACAUGAGAACAAAUAAAGUUGGUUGUCUUCUGCAUAACAAUGAAUGCCAGGCAGAUGUUUGUCCACGAUUUGAAAAAUCUUGCUCGCAUACAAUACAACCAAUAAUGGGCCAAGGCAUGAACCCUGAGGGACACCAGAAGUCAGUUCAAAGUUCAUAGAGAGGGAACCAUCAAUAAGUAUUUGCUGGGAUCUGUUACUUAGAUAAGAUGCAAACCAUGACAGUGCUGUACCACGAAUCCCAAACCCAGAUUUAAGUCUCUCCGGUAAAAUACAAUGGUCAGUAGUGUCAAAUGCCGCACUCAAGUCUAACAAAAUAAGCAGUGUGACAUGCUGUUUAUUCAUAUUUAAUAGAAUUUCAUUUUCAACUCGUGAAUUGCGCGCAUGCGCAAGAGCGAGUUGUAAAUGCGAUGUGGGGAAUGGCACUCGCUCGCUCGCUCGAUUGGUCGAUUCCUGUAAACGUUUUUUCGAUUUUAGGCUUUUGAGUGCAUUUGAUAG